UUCAGAAAACUAAGAUGUGUCAAGGGCAACAACUCCAACUCAUUUCUGACUUCUGACAGAGCCACUGUUAUUAUAGUAAUUUGAUGAAUUCUCAAAUGGCAGUAUCAAUUUGCAAUGUCCAUGGGAGAAAAUUCACUUGUACCACAAGAGUACGCUUUGAAUGAAAUAAGUGACAUGGUGAUUUGAAAUUAGAGGGCUUCUGGUCUUUAAAUCUUUUGGCGAUGUUACUAUCAUUUAUCAAAUGACAGAAUGAGAGUUUGGCAUAGCCUUGAAUAUUACCUAAAGAGACUUUUAAAUCUCUGCAUUUUCUACAUAAUUACCAUAUACACUUCAAAUGUUUCAUUAAAAUUGAGGCUAUUCAAAAAGUUGACAGGCUUUUCAAAGAGAAAAUAAAUUUUAAAACUGUUGGAACUAACACAAGUUCAUCGUAACACCAUAACACCAUGAUGGGAAAAAAUUGAAAGAGUUAAAUAAUUAAGACUGUCAGAAGAAGCACAUCCAAACAUGAGAGAUGAAUGAAUCUUUGCAAAGUCUUUUCCAGGAAAGGAAAACAAGAAAAUUCAUUGGCAUCUCUAAUCCUCAAAUUCGAGCAGAAAUAACAGAAAAUGCAAACUCAAACUUCGUCAAUAUCAGACCAAACCCUACAUGUCACCAGUGUCGGAAACUGGUGGAGGAGGUUACGCGCCUCAGACUUCUCCUCAAAGAGGGGCUCGGAUCUAUGCAGUUGAGGAACCCUGGCUGGAAAGAUGAGUACGCAGAAGAUCCAGAACAGAUCAGUCCACGCGUCAACGCUGCGUUUGUCUACAAAAAGAGCCAGUCAAAGGCUGAAGAAAUUCAACAACUGCGCAGUGAGGUCACGCGCCUUCAGAGGGAAUUACGUCUCAGGUCAGAGGAGGUCUACAGACUAAGGGGCGUAGAUAUCAAAGAUACCAGCCAACAUCAGGGAACCAGCAAACCAAAGAAUGUAAGAGACCACCACACUUUGGGAGACACGGACAGCAAAGUAAAGAGCAUGUACCUACAGCUUUACCAGAGGGAGUGGAGUCAGGCGUACGCCCACCAAAAACAUGGAGGUGUGGCCAAGAACACCGCCCAUGGAAAUUUGCUGAAUAUUAUUCUGUUGUCCUUCAGCCAAUGUAGAGAGAUAGCAGAUGAGCAGUUGACACAGAUUUUACAGGCCUCCUCUCUGUGGGCCCCAAAGACUUCCCCUCAUUCCCCAGAAAACCCCCCGCCUCAGUCAACCGCAGGCAACAAACAGAGAACGCCUCCUCGCACCUCACAGCAGCCAAUGAAAAGAAGAUCAAUCACAAGCCAAGAUGACUCAAAACUCUCCAAUCCUUUGUACAAAGAUGCAGUAUCAUUCCAGCGCAGAAUCUGUGAACAACUUCUACCCCAUGUUCAACAGAGAGUGUCAGCUGAUAUCAUGAAAGUUGUGGAUCUAAGUCCAGCCAUGAAAUCCAGUGCUGUUAUCAGAACCUACACAAAUUGCUGUAUACAAACUGCUUGGAAGAUUGCCAUGGAAACAGACCGAGUCCACCUUGACAACAGUGUAGUUCGGUUUUCUGACUUUGAUACAGUCAAGUAUGACUUUUAUGACGAGGAGUUGGAAAACUUUGACUAUGUUGUGUGGCCAGCUCUGCUCUCAGGGAAUUCACAGUUAAUUGCUAAAGGUGUUGCUAUGGCUACAUCAAAAGUUAGAUAGCAUGUUCAGAGAAUGACCAACACAAAGCCUUUUUAUUUUAAGAAAAAGAAUAAAACACUGGAUAAAAACUGUUAAAACAGUUUUCUUUAUGUUCCUGAAUGUUUGAAGCCAGCAAGGCCUUAGCAGGUUCUUGUCAUAUUCUGCAUAACAAACUGCAUGUAUGACCAUAGGUAAAUGUGCCACCAUUGUUUUUAUAUAUACCUGUAUCUAUAAAACUCUACCACAACACACCUCAAACAGUUUCUUUGUUUUUUGUUUGGAAAAAGUUUGAUUCAUCUCAUCCAUCAAUUUGUGUACAAUGGCUUAAUUAAACAAAGUAUACAUAUUAAAACAAAUUAGCUGAUUCUUUGGUAGAAAUAAAACAACCAACCAAAUUCUUCUUUGUUUCUUUUAUUUACAGAUUUUCUAGUGUUUGGUAAUAGAUACUGGAUGAUAAUAAUAAAAUAAUGUUAUUAACAAUGAUUUCUAAAAUAGUGGACACAACAAGCAGUCAACAAUGCUGGUUAAUUCUUCAAGACAACAAUCACCCUGAAUUACAUGUAUAGAAACAGUACUGUACCAAAGCCAUGUUACCAAGGGGAAAAAAUCAUGGAUUUCCGAAUUCUAACAAAGAUUCAGAAAUAACAGUUGGAACUUUAAACUUAACCCAUUAACUACACAUCUGCAGAAGCCAUUUUGUGUUUAAGAUAACAUAUAUGCAAGAAUAUUUUGAGUUCUCCAUAUUGGUACAUACAUUUUGCCAUACACCCACUGUCUACACAAGUUCUACCAAAACACAUCCAUAUACAUGUUCUUGAAAAUUGGGGUGAGCAGAUUUUGAUACAUAAGGCAAUAUUUCUGCAAUAUUGCAAUAAUAUGGAGUGGUCGGAACACAUCAGACCUUUAGCUGCCAUAAGCAGGUAUAACUUAAAAUGAAUGAGAACUGAUAACAGUAAAUGCAUGAGCAAAAAUUACUGUAUUGUAAAUAAUAACAAAAUGUCUGAGACUUACUGACAGUUUCUGAUUGAGUAACUUCAGGAGAUUAUUACUUUUUUUUU